AUGUUAAGAGCUUCAACCCUCCACCUUCCCCCCUUCGCUUCCGCUUCGCCGUCGCCCUUCUUUGCCCUUCUUCCAGCGCUAGCCGUUCAUUGGAACUUGCCCUCCGCCCUGCUGCGAAACCCUCAGCCGCAUAUUGACCUCAGAGUCACGCAGCCGUUCUCCGUCGCUCGCCAUUUUUGUCAGGGUUUUACCUCUAGAUUCGGUGGUGGUCCUCUCAUGGCCGGUCAACCUUCCAUCCCCAGGGCCACAGCUUCAUUCAGCUCAGGAAGCGCCUCUGGAGGAGGUAGAGAAAUAUUGGUGCAGCAUUUGCUUGUGAAAGAAGAUGAUCAAAAGCUUUUGCUUGAGCUACUGAAAAGAGCUGCUGAAGGAGAGGAUUUGAGUGACUUGGCUGUGGAGUACUCAAUAUGUCCAUCGAAAGAGGAGGGAGGUAUGCUUGGUUGGGUGCGGAAGGGGCAGAUGGUGCCGGAGUUUGAGGAGACUGCAUUUAGUGCUCCACUAAAUAAAGUUGUAAAGUGCAAGACCAAAUUUGGUUGGCAUUUAUUGCAAGUUCUGUCUGAAAGAGAAGAAUCAGUUCUUGAACACGUUCAGCCCAGUGAACUGCAUGAUAAAAUGCGAGAUGCAUCUUUCCUUGAAGAGGUCCAGCUAAUUGAUGUCAGAGAACCUGAUGAAGUGGCCAAAGCCUCAUUGCCUGGUUUCAAAGUUCUUCCACUUCGCCAGUUUGGAAAUUGGGGGCCAAAAAUUAUGACCAUGUUUGAUCCUCAAAAGGACACAUACGUGAUGUGUCAUCAUGGUAUGCGGUCAUUGCAAGUGGCCCAGUGGUUGCAAACACAGGGGUUUAAGAAAAUAUUCAACGUGUCGGGAGGAAUUCACGAAUACGCCCUAAAGGUGGAUCCAUCUAUUCCUACUUACUAA